UUAGAUUUGUAGUUUUUAGUUCAGAUAUAGAAUUACAAAAUACCAAUUAUAAAGAACUAGUUAAAGAUUUAUUAUCAAUUGUUACUAUAUUUAUAGCUAGAUAUAAUGGUCUAAAUGAGAAAGAAGGAGGAAUAAUUAGUCUGAAUUUUGGUGUUAGAUUAUUUGUAACAGAACACAAUUCUGGAGGAAAUGUUGUAGAGUUUUGUAAUAAUGAUUUUUUUAGAUUAUCAAGACUUUGUGUUUGUCAUGAUAAAUAUCAAAGUCUAUGA